AUGAGUAAAGCAGAUUUUGUCACCGAAACCGUUCACCGCCAGGUAGCUCAGGGUGAUGAUGAUGGUGAUGGUAAUGAUGACAUCCACAGAAGUAGUCCUGAAUCAAGGAGAAGGCGAGCAUUACUGAUACAACAUGGUCUGUUGGCUGAACAGCACUGGUUUCAAAAUUUGGAAAUCGUAGAAAUUUUUAUGAAGCUAGAAAAUAUUUUACGGGCAAUUUGUAAAAGAAUGAAUUUAUCUACUAAAGUGGAUUCGUCAAUUAAGUUGGAGAUUGAAAAUCCGACAACAGAAAAACUUUCGUUGGUACAACGAACGGGAGCGGAAGUGUUCAAAUGUUCUGUCACGCUGCUUGGCGAAAGCGUUAUACAAACCGAGGUGAUAAUAAAGCAUCCGAAAAUGCCUGGUGGUGUUUAUCGCGGAGUUGCACAGCCUGAUGUACAAUGGAAAUUGCAGCAAAUGCAAGAUGCCGAUAACUACUAUGUUCAGGCUCUAAGCAUGAUUAUUCAGAAACUAAAGUGGAUUAGGCAUGUGCCACCUGAUGAUAUCAGUAAGAUGUCAUCCACUGCUACCACCAUUAUUGCUAAGAUAACAAACUUGAUCGGACAAGCACGUUUAACAUUAUGCAUGCCAGGAAAACGUACGUUGCUAGAACUAUGUAAUACAGCGAUAACGCGAUGUUUCAAUCCUCCACUGCCACCUGAUUUGGUUUUCUCAUAUUAUAUAAGUGCAAAUCGCCUUGUUUGUGCUGCUUAUCAAGUCACACCGAAAACCAAUGGUGCUCAGGGAUUGACAGUUACCGUAGCGGAUUGCUUGCUUUCGCAGCUUGUAGAUGUUCUAUAUUUAACAGAUAGAGCUCUGAACGUAGCGCAACAAUUCAACUGUAAUAUGUGCAUGCUUAAAGAACAAAUAAAUACGUACAACCAUAUUUGUUUCUGA